AUGGAGCUAUCAGCAGCAGCGCCACCCGGUAUUCUUAACUGUUCAUCUCCUCCACUAAAACCGAGGGUUAGCUUCGCGGUUUCUCGUACAGAUCUCACAACCACCCCUCCUUCUCUACGCGCAUCACCUUCUUCACUGAACCCAAGCCGCCACUUGAAGCUCAAACACAUGGACUCUCAGAGAAGCCUCUCACCGCGUGCCUCUCUGGCCGAAAACAAUGGCUCUACUCUGACCGAUUCCCCGACCCCAAGUAACUCAGGGGUUCGAAUUGGGGAGGUCAAGAGGGUGACCAAGGAGACCAAUGUCUUGGUCAAAAUAAACCUGGACGGCACUGGAGUUGCUGAUUCUAGUACUGGGAUUCCCUUCCUUGAUCAUAUGUUGGAUCAACUUGCUUCACAUGGGUUGUUGGACGUGCAUGUAAGGGCUAUUGGUGACAUCCACAUUGAUGAUCAUCACACAAAUGAAGAUGUUGCUCUUGCUAUCGGAACGGCUUUGCUUCAAGCACUUGGUGAUAGAAAAGGAAUCAACAGGUUUGGUGACUUCUCUGCUCCUCUUGAUGAAGCUCUGAUACAUGUCUCACUGGAUUUAUCUGGCCGACCAUAUUUGGGUUAUGAUCUGCAGAUACCCACGGAGAGGGUUGGGACAUAUGACACUCAGCUGGUGGAACAUUUUUUCCAGUCUUUGGUGAAUACUUCUGGUAUGACACUACACAUCCGGCAGCUUGCUGGAAGAAAUUCUCACCAUAUUAUUGAGGCAACUUUCAAGGCAUUUGCUAGGGCUCUCCGACAAGCCACAGAACAUGACCCACGUCGCCUUGGGACUGUGCCAAGUUCAAAAGGUGUCCUGUCACGUUCUUGA